AUGCAGUGGGGUCCUGAAUCUGAUGCAAAGUUCUUCAUGCACGUGUUGAAGAUCCACAAUGUCAAGCUUGACUACGGUGCCCUUGCUAUUGCUAUGGGAAAUGACGUAACCCCCAAAGCCCUCGUCCACCGCGUCGCCAAACUCCGCUCCAUGGCCGAAGACGCCUCCACCCCCGUCGCGGGCGCCAGUUCCGGCCUCGGCCUUCCCCAGCCCAACAAGCGCGCCCCGGCCAAGCGUGCCCCCCGCACCGCCCCUGCUCCAGCCGGCAAGAAAGCCGCCAACAAGACCCCUAACGUUGCCGGCGCUAAGCGCACCGCUGCGGGCACUGUCAAGAAUGGGAACGGGAAGGAGAAGGGUAAUGGUGGAAGCCCGUUGCAGAAUGUGUUCGCUGCGUAUAAUGGCGGUGAGGAUGAGGGGGGCGAGGAUGAAGAGGGGGAGGAGGGGAAGGUGGAGGUGCCGAGCAAGAAGGUCAAGGCUACUAUCGCUGGUGUGGCGCUUGAGGAUGAGAGUACUGAUGCCGAAGAGGGGGAAGGGGGGGUCCGGUAUGCUUGA